AGUUAACAGUAACAUAGUUUUAUCAAAUAAUAAAAACCAUGUAUUAGACGAAACUCUUACCAAUUUAUCAUCUGGAGACAAAAAAACAAAGACUAGGCAAACAAUAACCAGUGGACAUUUAGAUUGCAGUGAGCAAAACAAGCAUUCCUUUGUUCAAGAAAGGCAAACAAAUCAAUCUCCGUGUAAGCCUUUUGAUAUAAUGUCCGAUGGAUUCAUUGGAUUGACUAUUGACAAAAAUACAGAAGACACCCAACCAUCUACUACGGAUCACCAUAAUGGGGACAUUAAAGAAAAAAUAACGACAGGUCUGAACGAUGCAUUUACAGCAAUGGAUGCAAUGAACAGUCAGAUAACACAAGAUGGACUUCAAUCGUAUCAACAAGAAUUUAAAUACCCUCAAUAUCAAUCACAAGAUGCCAGAUAUAGAUCCUUUGCUACAUGGAGGUUUACACACAAGCAAACACCAAUAAAGCUGUCGGAAGCCGGAUAUUUCUACACAGGGGAAAAUGACAUAGUACGAUGUUUUUGUUGCGAUCUCGGUUUGGCUGAAUGGGACCCAAAGGACAAUCCAUGGACAGAACAUGCCAGACAUAAUCCAAAGUGUUGGUUUUUGUUAUCUGAAAAAGGAGAACAAUUUAUCGAAAAUAUUCAGCAAGAUUGGAAAAAGAUUUAUAAUCCUAAACACGCUGCAUUUGACGACAAAGAAUCACGUAAAGCAACAUUUGAUGGUUGGAGAAUAGACAUAGAACAGACACCAGAGAUUUUAGCGGAUGCAGGAUUCUUCUAUACAGGUGAAGAAGACACUGUACGCUGUCAUUAUUGUGACGGGGGACUACGUAAUUGGGAACCAGGAGACGUCCCAUGGGAGGAGCAUGCGCGAUGGUUUCCAUUCUGUAAAUUUGUCAUCAAAAUGAAAGGUCGAGAGUUUAUAGAGUACAUCAAACGUAAAUCUGAGGAAAAGCAAAGACUUGAAAACUCAACCUCUACCAGUUCUUCGUCUGGAUUACCAGACGAUAUCAGAGACUCUCCGGUUGUAAAACAAUUGAAGACACUAGAAAUAGAUGAGGAAAAUAUCAGAUAUGCCGUAACAGAAUUCAGAAAAAGAAAAGGUCACAGCAACUUUACCACUGAAGCCCUAACAGAAUUGAUAUUUAACAGGAAUGAUCAGCAACAAAUCAACAGUCCAUUUGCAGCAAAGAACUUUGUUGAAACAGAAAAACCAGAGGAACAAGAUCCUAAGAAAAUAAAAGAAUUGAAUAGAAAACUGAAAGACAAGAUGAAAUGUAUUCGAUGUAGAACAAAUGAUAUUUGUAUGCUGUUUGUUAACUGUGGACAUCGACAGACCUGUGAGGAGUGUGCUGACCUUAUGGACUUCUGUCCAAUUUGUGAUACAAGGAUAAAGAAAAGAUUAAAAACUUUUUUAUCGUGAAAGUACGAAGAUUGUAACAAAAUGUGACAAAAACAACGGCUCAUACAAAGAUAAAUCAUUUAAUAAUAUAUAAAAAUAAAAAGAGUUACCCCUUAUGAUAUCAAAUGCAAGAAACAGGCACAUAUUUCUUUUCUUAUAUUGUAAAUCAUUUUUGUAACGUUCUUCAAUAGUCAAUACCGCCUGCAGUUUGCUUUUAAAUUUGGAUCAUUAAUGGUAUUGUCAUUGUGGUUUUAAAAAUUGUUAACAUUAUAAGUGCUAUUAAUCAAGUUAAAACAACAUUUCCAAAUGCUUACAUUGCAUUGUGUUAUUUCGACCCAGAAUUGGCAAAUCUCUAAAUAUUCAAACGCUAAACACAGCGACAUUAAUCGUAAACAAUUUCAUGCGCAAAAUGUGUAACAAAACUCCCUUUCUUGAUUACAUAAACUUAUGGAGUGAAUUUGUACAUAUCGGUUAUCAAAAUAAAACACUGUACGAUAACAACGAUCAAACGGGUGCGCAUAUCAACACAGAUGGUGCACAGCAAAUGAGUGAUACUCUUCUAGGAUAUAUGCAGUACUCGAGCGAAAUAGUGUAUCAAACUCCACGAAGCAAAACGCGUAUCAAAAGCUCCAGCGCAACACCAGGAUCAAUAGAAAAACAUUGAUUGAAAGUCAAUCUAAAUGUAUAUUUAUAAACAAAAAAAUCGAAUGUGAAAAUAGAAACUUUCGUGUUUAUCGUAUAUGUCAUAACAUAUAUUAACUGUAUUGUUUUAAUUAUGUAGACCUAAACUAUAACAUUGUAAUUUAGUUUGUAGCCCUUUGAUUAUGCUUUAUGUCUUUUUGUAUAUAGUAUCUCUAAAUGUGAACGGAAUGCGAGAUUAAAAAAGAGAAAUGCUAUAUUUGUAUGGUGUAAAAAAAAAUGAUAUUGUAUGCCUACAAGACACACAUUGUUCAACUGAAAUAGAACAGUUGUGGAAACUGUAAAAACGGUCUUAUAAACAGGGAAAUUUCACUUUAGAAAGAAAGGAACAUUCUACAGUACCAAAAGAAAAACACGACAAAACAAAAGAUAGUGAAAUUUAUUCUUAAGGAAUGUACGGAAAUAUUUCAAAUGGGAAGCAUACAAAACUAUCAUUUUACAAACAUAGUUAAUUUUCUAACUUUUAGCUAAUUAUACUCUUCUAAUUUUUAUAUUCAUUCACAAGAUACUUACUUUUUAUAGCCAAUGUAUAAUUUCUUAUUUUCUUUUUUAAUGACUUAUUAUUUGGCUCUUAACCCGGAUUGAUUAAUUAGUUUAAUACAUUUUAACUAUCAACCUUACCUUAAUUUAUGUAAUUAUACAUAAUGUAUAUACUACUAACUGCACAUACGAUUGCAUAUGUCUAUUAUUUUACUUAAAUACUCACCACUAACAGUAAAUUGAUUACUUUAAUCAUGAAGUAUAAAAUUUGCACUCUCUCUAUCCUUGUAUAUUUGAACAUAGUCCAUCUUUUAAAAAUUAAUAAGAUUAGAAAGAAAGAAAAAACCAAUCACCUCUUACUAUGAUACACGUGCACGUGCUAGUUAUCCAUCGAACUGCGUGGUUCGUUAUAUUGAUCUGUUGUGAUUUACUCUUGAAUUGUUAAGCGCCAAUUGUGGACAGGAUGAACCCAAAUAGCUAGAAAAGUAUUUUGUUCCAGCAAGUUUUCCGUUUUAAAAAUUGACCUCAAUACAGGUAAUUCAUACAAAAUAUAUAUCCCGUAGACUUCGGGUUAAAGUGCUUCUGAUAAUUAUCAAGCAGGAAACCAAGCACUUUAAGCGAAGAGCGGGAUAGGAUGGAAAAUCGUAAUACUGAAAGUCAGCGGCCAACGUCAUACAUCUUGAUGACUAGAGUGUUUGAGAUAUAAGUGCCUGGCAUUAGGGAUCGUGUGACAGUUGGCCGCUGAUUGCACUAUUUGAUGUUUCAUCGAGUUUACAGACAUUGGAGACAACAGAAGCGAGAAGCGUAUAUAUUGAUGAUAUUUGAACAAUGGUUAACUACUGUUGUUUUUAUUCUUACUGGAAAAACAAGGCAUCGUUCAAAUGGAACCAAUAUUAAGAGUUAAAAAUUCAUUGAAUACAAAUCGACAGUGAUAAAUUACGUAUAUGUGGUUUAAAGAGGCGUCUACAAAUAAGUUGUAUGUAGAAACAUAAGUUUCUGAAAAUAACUCUGUAUCUUACAUUGUAUUAUUCUAAUUCCUUUGUAACAAAUGAUCAACGUUUUAGUCAUUAUUAAUGUUUAGCUUUUCACAUAUCAACAUGCUUUAAAUGGGUUAUCAUCUACACAUUAUGUAUCUAAUGUUACUUUGCACUAUACAAUAGUUAGAUUUAAAGUAUAAUUGUAUGAUAAAUUUGUCAAUUGUGCAUACUGUGUGAUUCCUGUCUCUCAUUUCGGAUAUGUACCGUUUGAUUUCAUACACAAUUCAUUUUACAAUGUAAGCUAAAUCUAUAGGUUUCCUCAACCGUUAACUGCUGAGGUUUUUCACCACUGUAUAAAAACUUGGAUCAAAUAAUUUGAAAACCUAAAGAAAUCAGUCGUUAUACAAGCUGCUCUACGAUGGCUUAACUAACGCAUGAAGGCCUAGCCAAUGAAAAAUCCACAAUAACUAUUCGGAAUUAUCGGGACUUUCCUAUUUCGACAUAAUAAAUCUAUCUGAUAACUGGCUUUUUUUUUACCAGGGUGCACCAAUCAAAAUCAUAGAUUCGUGAUGCGUUUUUAUUGGUUAAAGAUUUCAGGUCGUUUUUGGAGAGUCGAUCAUGGGAAGGAAUGAAUCGUUUUGGCUUAUAAUUUGAUGGCCUAUUCGUGAUAUCAAAUACAUGUUCUUUUUUUGUGUUCUAAAUUUGAUUACAUGUACUAUGCAUAUGUGCCAUUUAGAGGGUUAGAUUGAUAUAUUAUAUUCAUUCCUGUUUUCUUUGAUAUGUGUAAUCUGCAAAUGUCACCAGUUGCGUGAUUUCUGUUAUCAUUAUUAUAAUUUUAUUGUCAGUAGAAUUGCCUCCAUUGAACGUUCAAACUCUCGCUUCUAUUACAUGCAAUUAUGAUAAUCUAGGGUCAUAUGGUCCCGGUCUGUGUUCGCGCAUUUGAUGUUAAUUUUUGCAAAGAUAGCUUGGAAAGUAUAAGAACAGGUGCUCAUAUAUUUGAGUUAUUACUCAUAAGUUGAUAAAGAUUAGUAAAAUGAACUGUUUUGAUAUAUAAUUUGUUUAUAAAUACAAGAGAGGGUUUGAACAGUUAUUGAAUGAGAAUUCGUUUUGUAAUAUAUUUUCUUUCAUUUUGUCACAUUUAAAAAAAAAUUUAAAUCUUUGAUAAAUGUAUUUUUUUAAUUUGAGUAUUUUUUUAUGUGAAAAUAUACAAUAAAAGCUUAUUUAUAUAGAUUUAAAAUUACGUUAUUAAUUUUCUUUUACUCUUAGCAUACCUAUAGUUUUAUAAAUGUUGUGCUACUCACGAGUGUGUUAUAAUAAACAAAAAGAAAAUUUUAA